GCAGAACAACAACUUGGAGCGAGACUGCAGACUGUCCUUCUAGGUUUAUUUAGAGAGAUCAGCUGCCCUGAGCCUUUUCGGGGGGUCACAACUGUGGGGGCAAAUCCUAAACACGAUACACAGGACCUGGAGCUGGAAUUUGCACAAACCAAGGGGGACUCAUUGCUUCCCAGUCCCUGUCUCGGUCCGGAUUGCGGCAGGGUUGGGGGCCAUGGCGUUUAACCCCGACUUAGUGGGGGAAAAGAGAAACCCCAUCACUCUAAUCUGGAAUCUAUUGUUCUCUUUUACCUGCUGGGCAUCCCGGGGCAUGAAGGCGAGGCUCGGCCGAAUCUCCAGAUGGAACAAGAAGGGAGAGCUCCGGCUGGUUACCCCAGUGCAAGAGACCCAAGAAGCCGCAACCUCAAGCAAUAAAGCUCCAGAAAAAACAAACUCACCUGUGCAGGAAACCAGUUUUAGUUCCUUUCAUGCAAUUCCAUGGGCUGUGAAGGGAGGGCAAGAAGCUCUUGAUGAUGAUGAUGAUGAUGUUGAUGUAAAGGAAAAUAUCAGGUUGAUGAAGUCACCAGAUCUAAGUUCCAUGGCUCAAGAGAAAGGGUCUUCUGUAGAGAUAUCUACUCCAGCUUCCCCUCCCAAUGACUCCGGCCAUCAGCAGCCAGCAGGGCAUGGGAACAUGUGCCCCAGCAGCCCAGGGAUGGCGCCAACCAGGGCGAAGAGCAGAAGAAGAAGAAGUAGGAAGAAGAGGGCAGAAGCCUCUGAGAUGCAAGCAGCUGAGAUGCCUCCACUACAUUUAAUAGAGGCUACAUGGGCCAUGUUGGUGCUGCAGAUAUCUUCAUUGCUGAAAUCUGUGGCCGGAGGUGGGUGGCAACUCCCAGCAGCUGUGAUAUGGUUCCUGCUGAUCAGCAAUGCGUUGGCACCUCCAGUAACGGAUAAGGGGCAGAUGGGAGAGACAGCAGCCUGGAAAAACGAGAUUACGCAAGCCUCUGCCCCAUGCGCAACCUGCCAGAUCCACGUGUUCUGCAGCCGAGGGGAAAGCCUGACCGACCAACAUUUAUCCAUUAGGAUUGCGGCCAAAGAGCAAUAUUGCCACUUUCGGAUCCCAAGCCUGCCCUACACAGGGAGAUGUACUAAUGUAUCCAGCGUGACUCUCAUUAACGCCACAUGUCUGUGCCUGGAAACCAUGGAUCUGGAUUAUAAAGAUCUGAAUCUGGAAUACGGCACUACGCGCAUUGGGAAGUCAGCUCAAUCCUUAUUGGCAGGGUGCUGUGAUACGUCACCCAAUGAUGAUACGUCACCCAGGGAUUAUACUUCACCCAGUGACAAUUCCAGCAAUAUAAACCAUAUUAUUAUUGCCUUUGUGGUUUCGGCAGUAGCAGUGGUAUCUGUGGCAUUACUAAUCUAUGGAAUAUACCGACUCGUGAAACGCAGAAAUGGCCUCGAUGGCCUCAAUGAGAAUGAACUGCAACGACUGAACGACGGUGGGACCACCGGGGCCCAAAAUGGAAAUAUCCCUACAGCCGACACGCAGAUCAGUGUUCCUAAUGGCAGUUGUAUUGUUCCUACUGACGCGCCUCUGCAAGAAAACGAAGACCCCACUCCCAACAGUAACGGUGCAGGAAUAUCCAAAAGAGAAGUUUGUUGAGCUGAAACUUAUUAGGGACUUUGCUGAACCACUGGGAAUCCUAAGGUUUGUAGGUUAAAUGGGUGAUGUCCUUAAGGGAGAAGGAAAGGUAAAAACUAAGUAAGCUUUUUGUAACUACAGCCAUAAACACUCACAGUAAUGCUG